UCCUCUCUCUUUGCUCACACAUUCCAAAGGUAAAAAUAUUUAUUAAUGCCCUGUUAAAAGCAAUCCCUCCUCUCCCCGCACUCUAAUUCCGCAGAACAGUAAAAUUAAUUCUCCUAAUAAUCUUCUCUUAUUCUUCUCUCCCUCUUUGCUAAUUAACAAAGUCUAGGGUUUAAAAAAUCAGUACGAAGUACUACUUGUUAAUCUCCAUUUCUUGAAUCCUCCCUCUUCUAGCAGUGGUACAAAUCGAGUUCCUUGCGUAUUGCGUCCUCCUUCCGAAUUAACUGUUCACCUUUUUUCCCCGAGUGGUUCCGUAUUGAAAAGAAGGGAUACUUUAGGUCAUUUUAGUCUUGCCAAGUCAGGCGGAUGUCAUAUCUUUAAUAUUAAUAAUUAUUCCGCGUCAAAAUAAGAAGCUGAUCUUUCCAGGCAGGUACUACAUAAGACUAGCAGGAAGGAAUUCAGAUAGUGGCAUUUCUGAAAAUGAGUGAAGCUAUUCAAGGGAACAGCUCCUACACUGCAGUAACUCUUCCUGUGAAGCGAGGGCGGGGUCGCCCACGCAAGGAUCACAACCUAAAGCGUGUAAAAACUGUUCAAUUUCCACCAGGGUUUGAACAAGUAAAAGCGAACCAACCCCGGCAAGUAGAUACAGUUAAUGUUGCAAAUGAUGGGAUGAUAGGUCGGGCUGUUACAGGUGUCGUUGAAGCUGCAUUUGAUGCUGGUUAUUUGCUCAGUGUUCGGAUUGGUGACUCCAAUACAAAUUUCAGGGGUGUUGUCUUUAGGCCAGGGCAUUUUGAUCCUGUCACAGCAGAAAAUGACGUAGCACCACAUGUUCAGAUGAUUAAGAGGAAUGAAAUUCAUCUACCCAUUAGAAACCAAGUUCAGGUACAUGGCCAUGAUCAGUCUUUAAAGAGCGGUCAGUUGACUGUAUUACCUCCAACAACAGCUCCUUCUGUCCCUUCAGUGGGAGCCCGCGGCGCAGUUGUUCCUGUUGUCCUUCAACCUGUCAAUCCGACCAAUGGAUUGCCACCUACUAUGAAAGCUCCUCCAACUUCAUCCCAAGCUGCUUAUAUGGGAGCUCUGAAGGAGAGAGGUGUGCAGAAUGUUGCGCCUUUGGCUACGCUUCCACCUGAUGGAUCACAAACCACUAGUAAGGUAACUCAAGUCAGCGUCCAAGAAGCGAUGGUGACUGGGCAUAAUGGAGAUGGUUCCUUUGGCGAGGGAGCAACAUUGGUGCAACAGAAGGAGGUUAAGCCAAUUGUAUCAAACAACAUAGGUAAACCUGUUGAAGUGACCAGGGGGAUUCAAGGUUCUCUGUUAUCACCAGAUAUGAACACUAAAGAUUAUGAGGCCUCUCAUAAGUUUUCUGCAGCAGGAAACUUGAGUGUUGUCCCUGAACGAGACAUUGGUGACAUGAAUGAGCUUCCCUCGAUGGAACCAAGUGACGCGGUAAAUUCCCCUCUUCCUACCCAGGCUACAUCUGUUCCAAAACCAUUGAUGAAUUAUGGGAUUGGCAGGAUGACAGAGCUUUUACAGGCGGUGCAGGAAAAUAUGAUGGAGAACCAGGAGCUUCGUGCUGGGGGAUCAGCCAUGGGCCUUGGCAAAGAGUUUGUUAGAACGACAAGUCCAAGAACUGAUGGUAACAAAGAGAAAUCAGGUGUUCAGUAAGGGAGACGACCCUGAAUCUGAUCUUUGAUGUCACAGAUCCCCUAGCCAGAUCGACCUUUAUAGCACAUACAGAUGUGAUGUAGUUCAACUGCUUCUAAAGUUGUACCUCAUCUCCGUGGAAUGACAUAUGUGGGGCGUAAAAAAGGCCAAAAAUUGGGAAGUGUUGGCAGUUGAGAAAGCGGCUUGGGUAGCAUCUUUAGGUCCUGUUGUAGUUAUUUUGUUAAUUUGUUUAGACAAAAAAAUUAGAUUUUCUUUAGGUGGUAUGAUGAACAAAUUGUCUAAAAUGCUAACUUUUUUCAUGUUUGAGGACAGGCACUCCCAGCCCACAUUCUAUUUGACAAAAAAAAAAAUGUGUAGGAUCGGAGAGGAGAUGACCUUUCAAUUUUGUGUCAUUUUAGAACUGUGUUCCCCUCUAAAUAUACUUAAAUAUUUAAUGGAUUCCUUAAUA